AUGGACCAAGGAGAACAGCAGAAAGUCCACCCUUUCUUCGGCAGCUUCAUCAAAAAACCAAAAACGCAAGAUAUAGGCUAUUUACCUCCAGUGCACGAGACCACGACCGAUCAAUUGGCAGCUUCCACGCAGGCUCCUAGCUCGAACGCCCAGCAGCUACACAAUGGACCAGAUAGUCAGGAUACCACUCUUGAGGAGGAUCCAAAUGCAGAACGGCGGAAACGGGUGAAGACAUCUACACCAGAAGCGGCAUCCAAUAAUGUCGAGGUUGAAGAACCAACUCGAGUUCAGCGAGAGAGUACGUCGAUGCCUCCGGCUGAUGGACCGUUUGCAAACAAAGAGUCAACACCGCCGAGAAAGUUGUUAAAACUGAACACCAAUGGUAAAUUGCUGAGCUCUCCACCUGCUCAAACCCUUGAAAAAGACGCCAACAAAAUUGUUCGACAUCGGCGAAAUCCAACUCGUAAAGUGAAUGAUACUAAGAGGGUUGUCAUCAAAUAUGAAAAUAGAGGAACGACUGGUCAGAGAAUCAACGACAUCAUCAGCGGAAAAGAACGGUAUACUGCUCCUCAGAAGUCCGUUGCAAAAGUUCCUGCUGCAAUCAAGAAGGAUACGAAACCCCCAAAAGCCACUCAUCCAUUUUUCAUGUCGAAAAAACCGGCAGUCAAAGCUCCACCAGAGACCUUCCUAGCAGGUACCGAUCCACUGGGCCAGCAGGACUCUGCGAAAAGUGAUUCUAAUAUUCAAUCUUCUACGAAGAGCAUGCUUUCUCAAUCACUUUUCGCCAAACUUCCCGAGCCAGCUCCGCCUAUAUGGCCUCCCAGGGACCUUGUCCACGUACGAGGGGUAGUACAUCAAUUCAGCGACAAGUUCGAAGCAAUAAACCUUCAUCAGAAAAAAAGCAAGCAACGCGCUGUGCAUAUAGAUGAUGCUGAAAAUAUUCUACUUGAUAUUUCAGAAAAGGCAGGGAACCAGAUGCAAUUCCAAGUAUCAGAUUCAAAAGAACCAUUUCUUCGUGUUCCACUUCGAUCUACCAUUAGUGGACAAACAUUGCGAAAGAGUAUGAAGAGCAAAGUUUUACACGGCAUUGACUCUACUACACACGGGUCUGGCUACCAAGGUGAAGAGGGGCGAGCUCAUCCAUGUAUCGCCAAGCUUUACGCUUCUAUCGCAACAUCGACGACAUCGUUUGAUAAUGGGAUUUGCGACACCGUGCAAUGGACACAAAAGUAUAGCCCUAAAUGUGCUGAAGAUGUCCUUCAAUCCGGCCCCGAAGCUCGAAUGUUACGUGACUGGCUCAGGGAGCUUACAGUGUCUUCGGUGGGAACUGGGAACAUGCCUACCUACCAGAACAAGAAGAAAUUUUCGGCAGGUCAUAAGUCCAAAAGACGCAAGGUGGCUGACAAGCUUGAUGGUUUCAUUGUAUCUAGUGAGGAAGAAGCAUCCGAAAUGGAUGAGCUUCAAGACUCAGAAGAUGAGCUGGCUGGUGGCGUGACUGUUUCUUCGAAGCGUACUGUCAUCCGAGUCGGCGAUUCCAUAGGCAACUUCAAAAAGGGAGAGAAAGGACGUUUGACUAAUGCCGUCCUAAUCAGCGGUCCGAACGGCUGUGGCAAGUCAGCGUCGGUCUAUGCUGUUGCUAAGGAACUAGAUUUCGAGGUCUUCGAAAUUAACAGCGGUACUCGCCGUAGUGCUAAGGAUAUUCUAGAGCGUGUAGGUGAUAUGACGCAGAACCAUCUGGUUCAAUUGGAUGGAAAGGGCGAUGAUUCUGACACCAACGAUCACCCUUACGGCCUUGAAUUGCCCGAUGCGAAACAAAAUACAGUCAACAUGUUCUUCAAACCAGCUGCUCCAAAUAAAGCAAAGGACAAUCGAAGCAAUUCAAAAGGUUAUAUCAACAAAAACAUUUGUCGGGAAGCUCCAACUAAGUCUUCUCGAUCGCAAAAACAAUCGUUGAUACUCUUUGAAGAAGUUGAUGUCUUGUUUGAAGAAGAUAAACAAUUCUGGGCUGGAAUUUUGGCACUCAUUGAACAGUCUAAGCGUCCUGUGAUCAUGACAUGCACUGAUGAAAGUCUUGUUCCGCUCCAAGACCUCUCUUUGCAUGCCAUUCUUCGAUUUCACGCGCCACCUCCAAGUCUUGCCAUCGACUACCUGUUACUUCUCGCUGCAAACGAGGGCCAUAUGCUGAGCCGCCAAGCUGUGAGUAGUCUCUACUCAGCCUCGCAGCAAGACUUUCGGAAGUCUAUAGUGCAACUCGAUUUCUGGUGUCAAAUGGCCGUUGGCAGCCAAAAAUCUGGAAUCGAUUGGAUCCUGGACCGAUGGCCAUCGGGAUCUGAUGUUGAUGCUCAUGGCAACAAACUCAAAGUGAUUAGCCUACAUACGUAUCAAUGCUAUAUGGGCUGGUUUAAUCGGGACAUGGGCCUAGUCGAUAGGAGCCUGACCAAGGACUCUGAACUAUUGCUUGAAGGCUUGAAUUGGUGGCAACUUGAUUUCGAUAUGGAUAAUGAAGAUGGGGGAUGGUCUGAUUAUCUUUCUCACCCUCGCGAGUAUCAAAGGCGCAUUGACUCAUUACACGACGUGAUGGCGAUGGCCGAAAGUCAUAGUGUCUUUGAUGUACUUUCCUGCGAUUGGUCAUUAGACCAGAAAAAGGAUAAUCUCGAUACCACUAUUUACAAAAUCUCCGAAAAAGAAAAGGCCAACUAUCAGGAAGACUACCCAAUAUUAGUUGCGAACCGCAAGCCCGACUAUACCGGUCUUUCUUCUGAUAUUGGAUCGACAGCAUAUGCGUUGAUGCGACGCAUAGCAAUAAAUGCAAAUUCAUUGCAAGACGACUCUUUGACGAAUGAUCGUGUUCUAGCUAAACAAUCCGAAAGCAGAUCUGCCUCAUUCUCGCCUGCAGCCUACUUUUACGCAUUUGAACCUAUUAUGCGAGCCUCUGAUCUAGUUCCACAAGCGGCUGGUCGUCUAGCCCCAUCGUUCGAGAGAGUGUCUGUGGUAGCCGCAGACAUAGCUCCAUACAUUCGGUCUAUUGCGGCAUAUGAUUCACGACUUGAGCGCUAUCGGGAUGAACUGAGUGGAGUUUCGUCACAAGGGUCAACAAAAAGAAAGGCGCGGACCACGAGAGCUAGUCGAGCCGCGCUUGAGGGAGGAAGCAAAUCGCAGACUCGCAGAGAGAGAUGGUUUCCAAUCGAAGUUAACCCUAAGCGGAUCAUGGCGACUGGUUGUAAGGCUUGGGAAGACGCACUUGCUCAAAUAGGUCAUCUCAACAACUUUCCAGCCCUGUCCAGUGGAGAGAUCACCCACACGAACUCGGAGAGCUCCCAGAACACGGAUGACGAGGGCGAGAACAGGCCAAUGGAAUUACAGCCGGAAUGA